AAUGCAUGAAAGUCGUCAUUCAAACAAUGCAGGAGGUCAGGUGCGAGAUCCAGAAAGAAAGAAGCAUCAAGAGACAGAACCCUCCACAUGGAGAGAAAACCCUCCUUAAACAAAGAUAAAAGUGGAGCCUUUAAUAGAAUUACAAACACCCUCACACAACCAGAUAAAAACCCAAGCACCUAAAUCUGCUGCCAAGUGCAUUAGGAUAGACUGUGGAGACAUUUUCCCUGUUCAUUUUAAAAAAUUGAAACUAACAAGAAAAAGAGUAUUACUUUCACAGAAAAAACUUCUGAAAUCCCCUUAUUUCAGCCUCAACGCAAAAUGUUAUCUGAAGUAAAGAAAAUAAAUACAGUAGCUACAGCCUACAUAUUAGUUACAACUGCCCAAACUGUCAACCAUUUAAGGAAACAUUUGAUACCAGAAAUUCAUAGGAAAGCUACAAAUUGGUAAGGGAGCGGCAGCGCAAGUAAUUCAUUCUGUCUUAUUUUCCGGUAGGCUGCUUGUGUAACUUCUGUUGAUGAUCUUCUAUACAGAUGGGUCAGGCUUCUUGUUCCAGGGGUGCUGUCCAUAGUAUACGGCAGUCCCAACCAUUAGAGCAACAGUUGCUCCUUGAACAACCACGCGAGCUCUCAUCAACUUCUGUCCCAGCUGUGAAUUCCCUCUUCUGAAACUUACUAGCCCCGCUGUUAGCACUCCCGCUGUCAUGAAUGCACCAAUGGGGACGAGAGGAUUCCUCAUGCGUUUCCUCUCCUCCAAGAGCUCAUCCAAGCUGGGCUCUACGGCGCCCAUUUUUCCAGCCAAGUUCCGAUCUUUCGACGUUAUUUUCGCCCCCUUUACGCUGGGUUCCAAAAGGAGUGACAGAGCUCGGUGACGGUGAGCGCAAAACGAAGAGGAAAAGAGAAGUAGAAGAAAAGUGAUACGUGGCGCGGCAACUACCACCAAUGUAGCGGUGGAGGCGGCAAACAAAGCAAGUAGAGGGUACAGUGAACGGUGAGCAAAACGGCAAAACCCCACAUCCGUAUCCCGAAAUAUCACCACAAUCUGCUGUUGCUGGUAAUUACCAACUACCCACCAAAGAUCAUCCUCAAUAAUUGACGCUGAGUAGCCAAUAACUCCUCGGAGAGACAGAGAGAAGGGUGAAAUGGGAAUGCAGUGGAGAAGUUUAGAGGAGUUGCUGCCAUUUGCAGCCAUGGUGACGGUGGAAUGUCUCGACGUGGGUAUGACCACACUCAGCAAAGCCGCCAUGUCCGAAGGGAUGAGCCAUUUCGUGUUUGUGGUCUACUCCAACGCCCUCGCCACUCUCAUCAUGUUUCCUUCUUCCCUUUUCCUCAACUGUAACAGGAAAACCGCAGCACCCAUCAUAACUUACCCUCUCAUUUGGAAAUUCUUCCUUCUGGGUCUUUUUGGGAUGACAGUGAUGCAGAAUUGUGUGUUUACCGGAGUUAGCUACAGCUCUCCAACGCUUGCCUCUGCUCUCAGCCAAUUGAUCCCAGCUUUCACUUUCUUACUCGCUGUUCUCUUCAGGAUGGAGAAGCUGAAUUUGGGAAGCUUAAGGGGCCAAGUCAAAAUCCUGGCCACAAUUGUAUGUAUUUCUGGAGCACUUAUUGUCAUCUUCUACAAAGGACCUCCAAUUUGGGCCUCAAAUGUAGUUCAGUCACUCCCAAACCCAGACCUUCCCACCAUAACAGCCGAUUCUUGGGUCAUUGGAGGCCUUUUCAUUGCAAUGGCUUGUCUCUCCAUGUCAAUAUUCAACAUCUUCCAGGCAUCAGUACUCAAUGAGUUCCAUUCCAACAUAACCAUCGUGGCCUACUGUUGCCUCUUUGGGACCAUUCAAUCUGCACUUGUGUCUUUGAUCGCCGAGAAGGACCCGAAUGCCUGGAAGCUGCAGGCUGACAUCAAACUCCUCUCUGUCAUCUACUCUGCUGUAUUUGGGAAUGUUGCUUCGUAUUCUGUGAUGUCAUGGUGCAUCCAGAUCAAAGGACCAGUGUUUGUGGCAAUGUUCAAGCCCUUAUCCAUCGCCAUUGCCUCCUUCUUGGGGGUCCUCUUCCUCGGCGACACCCUCCACAUAGGGAGCGUUGUUGGAGCAAUGGUGAUUGUAGCAGGUUUCUACGGGGUGAUAUGGGCACAAUCAGGAGAAGACAAGCCAUCAAGGGAACACAUAGGUGAGUAUCGUGUAGCAUCGUCGUUCGCAGCAGGGGAGUCAUCUUCUUCAGUGAGUGCAGGUCUGCUAGACAACUAUGUGGAUGUAUAGAAAAUGCUUUAACUAACAAUAGGAUCAUGUACCUCUCAGGUCUUACAGAUAUUAAAUUUUAUCACCUGUGGCUGAUGUGUUCUUGUUCGAACUUGGAUCGACAUAUUGAAGGAGGGAACAUUAACUUGUACCUAAUGAACUUGUCCACCAAUUUAUUAUCUGCGUCUAACAGAGAAAGGUGCACUGACUGUUUGUGCAGUAACUACCAGUAGAGAUGAAGUUUUUGAAGAAACCAAAUAGCUGCAAACUGACAAAAACUUUCUUCAUCAAUCUCUCGCUUAUCUUGGCCCUCAUCCUCACAUACCUAAAACUCAGCAACCCAGUAACAGAACCCUCUUAUAUACAGAGCUGAUUAAGCAAACUCUCUUGACACAACCUGUCUAGAAACAUAAACAAUACGAAUGACACAAUAACCAAAACCCAGCCCAACUUGAACACCACAAUCACGACAGCAACAAGCAAUAGCAGCUGCUAUUUAUUUCAACAUUUCCUCCCCUAAACUGAAAACGUGUUAACAUUUCAGUUUAUCCUUCAAUCCAAGUUCUAUAUCCCAACUCCUCAAGUCCUUCAGCAGCUAACUUUAGUGGUAGCAGCAGCUUGAGCAAAUUGCAGCAGCAGACUUCAAUCUUACUUCAUGAAUUGAACAUCAAACACAAGCUCCAAACUCCAUUGUAGUCGAACUUAUCGACACGCUGCUUGUUCUGCCUUAAAUCCAUAACAUUAUUUCCAGCAUUACUCAUGCAGCCUGCUUCAAUCCUCUUCCAUAGAUCAGUUAGGAGAUGAACAAUUUUCUUGCCUCCUUACUCAGCUUUCCUUUGAAGCUUGACAACCACAUUUUUACACCCGAUAUGUAUAACUCCAGACAUCUUAUUUCCCACCACUGGACUACCACUGAGGCAUGUCCCUUUGCCAUCCCAGCUCUCACUAGAAUGUUCUGCAAAAAUAUCUGAUGAAACAGACUGGAAACUCAUCUUGCCUGAUUUUGGCGAUGAUACAUAAAACUUUGAUGCACUAGCUGCUCCCCUAGUGGUAAAACUCUUCCUACUUUUAGAAGCAUCACUUCGAUCCUUCAUUACAACCUUCAUUUUCUUGGUUUCCAGUUCACUCCUCAAUUGUGCUUCAUACUUGUGUUCCACUUGGAAAGCUGAAAGGCAUGAAUCUCCAUGUUGAAUCUCAUUAACAUGCUUCACCUCUGUCUUCCUUCUAGAACAAAUUCCAUAGCUUGGAAUCUCAUUAACAUGCUUCACCUCUGUCUUCCUUCCAGAACAAAUUCCAUAGCUUGGAAUCUCCAUCAGAUAUCUUAUGCCUCUCUCGGAAGCCCAGAAAGGUUCCUUCAUGCAUGCACCUUCCUCUCACCAACUCUAUCAUCUCAAAGACAACAUUAGUGUUCAGAAACAUCACCCCAUUCUUACAUAGAGUCACAAGUAAUACAUCUGCCCCUUGCCUUGUGAUAACCAAGCUAUGAUCAUCUGCACACAAGUUUACCCAAUAUCUCAUACUUAUCAAAUCCAUCACUUGAAGCCACUCAAAGACCUUCUUCACAUGCUUUUUUUCCUCCCCUGCAACCACCAACUCUUGCGGUUGCAAAUCCACUGCCUCUGCAGAAAUUUGAGGGUUGCCAUCAAUUUCAAUCUCCUCUUCUUGCUCAAUCACAUUUCUUCUAGGACCCAUAAUCAAACCUUGUCCAACCUGAGGUAUUUCUGCUCUCAUAAGGUAUAUCACCUUGCCAAGUUCACGAAACUCAACCACAACCUGCUUUGAGGGUUUGAACUCUAUAUCGGUAGGACUACUAAGGUACACUCUUCGAGGGUCAAUGCUGACACAGUAAACUCUCGAUAUCUUUUCAAUGUUGGUCUUUCUCGUCUUAACUUUAGUUCUCAAGUAUUCCUCUACAGCAUAGACUCCAUAGUCCAUACCUGAUAUAUUCUGAAGAAACUUCCAAGCUGGAGUAGUACCUCAAGACCUGCAGCAUCGGCAAAUCGCCCAAAGGAAACUCACGGAAGCCAGUGAUGUUCAUAAAACUAACCCUCGUCAGCCCCAUCUAGGUAGUACUGAGCAAGCUCUACUGGUUUUCUCAGGUUUCUCACCUCAUUUUCUUCCGUAUUAUCCCGAGCAUCAUGCUGGUCUCCAUUGUCACUAGGCCCCCAAAUCAAAACAAGCAUUCUUGAUAUCUGAUUGACACAUCGGCCAGGCAUGCCGAGUGCCCAAGGCUAGCAAACUCCUCUUUACAACUUUCUUAAUGAGCUUUUUCUUGUACUCCCAUUUUGCUUCACUUUAGAUGACUGGUGUUUUAGCUUCCAAGUGUGAUUCUUUGCUGCAAGCAACAGCUCCAACUUCAUAGUCUUUCUCCAACCUUUUGCUUUCCACAGCUUCCUUUGUUACUUGCAAGUGAGGAUUAGCAGUUUGUGUUCUUCUUAGCUUGAAGAAUAAACAAUACGAAU